AUGGCAACCGCAGUGGAGUCGUUGCAGCUUCUCCUCCUCGUAACCGCGAUCAGAUGUGGUAGUUCCCUUCAUCAGGGAACGCCAGUGCAGCAGGAGAAUUUCGGCUAUGUGCUGCAGAUCUACGAUCCGAAAUUCCUGGCCGCCGGAACAUUGUUCAGUGCCCGUUACGUUCUAACAGUGGCGCACUGUUUCAAAAAGAACACCAAGCCGGAGCAGCUGACAGUGCGAGCGGGUAAUGAUAGGAUAGCUAGGGAAUACAAGGGCAAACCAGUGUCGGGAUUCAUGCGCCACCCCAAAUUCUCGCCUCUGACCCUGCGAAAUGAUAUCGCCGUGCUGAGGGUCAAAGUUGCCCUCGCAUAUUCGCGUAAGAUAAGCUAUAUACCCUUGUGUUCGACGCCCUUGAGGCGGGAUAACGACGCCCCAGCACCGGUGAUCGCAGGUUGGAGUAUGAUGAACAUCACCCAGCCGCUAAAGUCCAUCAAAGUAAAGGUGGAUGUGGAGAAAAACUGCCGCCAGUGGUUUCCCCAAUUGCCGGGCGGCGUGUCCUGUGCCUCGACCUCGAAUAGCGAAAGUCUCUGCUAUGGGGAUUCCGGGGAUCCCCUGAUCAGCGGAGGAGAGGUUUGUGGCUUGGCCAUUGGCUUUCGGCGAUGCGGAGAUAAACGGUAUCCGGCCCUCUUCACGGAGGUCCACUACCAUCGCUCUUUCAUCAGCCAAGCCGUACUCACAUUGGACAAGGAAAUGUUGAAGAAACCAAGGGGACGGGGUUGAGCCAGAAGAACUGUAUGAACCCCAAAUUGAUCACGUAAAACAUGCCCGAAUGCAGCUGAAUACAGUCUAUUUAUGGUUAAACACGGCUGGAGGACUCACCUGCAAUUGAACAGACAAAGGAAAAAUUCAAUUACAAUCGAAUAAAAAAGCAUAACCAGGCGCAAAGGAAAUGUUUUAAUAAUUUAAAGGGUAUUGUAAGAAAAUAAAAAGCAAUGAAGGCGAAGCUAAGUGCUUUUCUUCUACACUGCAAAAUAUAUAUAAUGAAAAACUUUAAAUUGUAAUUUGUAGGAGCUUGAUAAAGAGAAAGAACUGCAUGGAUCUAUAAUUUUUAAACAAAUAUCUUUGCAGUAUUGAAUGAAAUGAAAGUAGUUACUACAGUGUAUUA